CAAUCCUCUUUCAAGAACUCAAGAAUCCCACAACACAAAUGGGUAUUGAAAUUCAGCCCAAAAUCAACAAUAGAGAAAAUGAUUCAACUGCUGUUGUUGCUGCUGCUGCACCUGUGAUACUUGGCCUACAGCCCUCUGCCCUGGUGGACCACGCGGCUAGAGUCGAUCGGUCCCUCCUCUCCCGAAUCCCUGGCAUGCCUCUCAUCAGUUGCAUGAUCAUAUUGAGGGGAAUACUUCUUGGUUUGCUGAUUGCUGUUGAUGUUGAAGAGCUGAAUCUAAUCUUGAAUGAGGUUAAUACCCAUGUUAUUGCUUCUCCGGAGACUACAUCUUCAUUGAAAACCAAUGCAGGGGGAAGUGUUGCUAAUACUAUUAGAGGCCUCGCUGCCGGCUUUGGGGUUACUUGUGGUAUAAUUGGGGCAUGUGGGGAUGAUGAUCAAGGAUGCUUGUUCGUAGACAAUAUGAGUUCUUACAAAGUUAACCUCUCAAGAUUGAGGUUGAAAAGUGGGCCCACCGCACAGUGUGUUUGCUUAGUUGAUGAAUUGGGGAAUCGUACAAUGCGACCAUGUCUCUCUGGUGCUGUAAAAGUUCAGGCAGAUGAAUUGACUACAGCAGAUUUGCAAGGUUCCAAGUGGUUAGUGCUGAGAUACGCAAUAUUCAAUAUAGAAAUCAUUCAGGCAGCCAUUACACUUGCCAAGCAAGAGGGAGUUUCUGUUUCGCUUGAUCUGGCCAGUUUUGAGAUGGUAAGGGAGUUUAGGUUCCCACUUCUACAGUUACUGGAGUCCGGGUGUGUAGACCUUUGCUUUGCCAAUGAGGAUGAAGCGGCAGAACUUCUGGGGGGUGAAGACAAAGCAGAUUCGGAGUCAGCUCUUGAAUUUCUGGCCAACCACUGCCAGUGGGCUGUGGUGACAUUAGGCUCAAAGGGCUGCAUCGCGAAACACGGAAAGGAGGUUGUCCGUGUCCCUGCAAUUGGGGAGGCAGUAGCCCUUGAUGCCACUGGUGCUGGGGAUCUCUUUGCUAGUGGGUUUUUGUAUGGACUCGUGAAUGGACUGUCACUGGAGGACUGCUGCAGGAUCGGCUCUUGCAGUGGUGGGUCUGUCAUCCGUUCUCUUGGUGGCGAGGUGACUCCAGAGAAUUGGCAGUGGAUGUACAAACAAAUGCAGAUAAAGGGACUUGAAAUUCCUGAACCCCAAUAUGGUGAUAGAGAUUACAGGUCAUCGUGGCGUUAAUAGAGCCAUGGAGGUUAUUAUGACCAAGUUUAUGCGAGAAGGCUAUUUGGAGUUCCAUUCUGGGGCAGAUUCUAUUACAACUGCCGUCUUCAACCUUGGCAAACAAUCUACGAAGCUGAGAAUUCAAUAAUUAGACUUACAAUUUUGAAUGUCUUGUGAUUCUCUAACUUACCAUAUCUUUUCAUCAGCAAUUACCAGUUUAUGGGCCCCAAGGGCAUUUUGGAUCACA